AUGGAUUGUUCAUUCAUUACCACAAACGAUCUCCAAAGAAUGUUCGAGAAGCUCGACAAGAACCAAGAUGGGCUUGUGACCCUCGACGAGCUCCAUUGGAUUCUUGAAAGACUCGGUUGGACCGAACACACUCCCGAUGAGCUUGAACUGAUCGUUGGAAAACAGAGCCUCGAUUUAGACGAGUUCCUUCGGUUCUACUACGACGUCGUUUCAAAUAGCAGAGGAACGAAGAACGAUAUUAAUGUCGUUGAUGAUGAUGAAGCGAUCAUGAGGGCGUUUAAUGUGUUUGAUGUGAACGGAGAUGGUUAUAUUUCGUCGGAGGAGCUUCGGGCUGUGUUGGAACGGCUUGGGUUCGAGGAGGAGGCGAAGGCUUGGGAUUGUAGGAGAAUGAUUCGAGUCCAUGACAAGAAUCUUGAUGGUGUUAUUGAUUUUGAUGAAUUCAAGAACAUGGUCUUACAUGUCCAGUGA